AUGUUGCUCUGCCACCCUAUACUUCUGAUUAUUGCAUUUCUAUCGAUUCCUGCUAGGGUUCUAUCCCGCAAAGGCAACGGCGGUUCCAUUAGCGAUAGCGAGAUCGGCAGCGACACCGACAAGUCCUCAUCCAGCGGCGGCACUUACGUCUGCUUGGAUGACCACAAACUCACAACCGUCGGCCUUCAGCCGUCAUAUUACGGCAAUUACACUAUGGUCGCUGGCGACCCUGGCGCGUACACAGACUGGAAUGGACUGUACUUUCAAGGCGAAGCUUUUUUGGACUACGUGAUUCGCGAUCUGCCAACCAACAACACCUACCAUGGUACCAAUUGUCCCAAGGAUCAUCGCUCAAUUCGCAUGUUGGGCAUCGCAUGGGUCGGGCCGAGAACGCCUACACCAACAGACCUUCAUAAUCCCUUUACAUUGGGCUUCCAGGCUUGGCAGUCUGAUAGAUCAAUCGCCAAUAUCACUUAUUCGUACAGCUCCUGCGAUGCAGAUGUGAAUCUUGUGCAUCUUAAGACCACUAUCGACUGGAUCGAGUACGUGCAUGAGACGAAUAGGGAUGUCCGGGGGGCCAUCGAUGCCGUGGUCCUUAAUGUCACCAGGGCCGUAAAUGACAGCCACAAGGUCCAAUUUGAAGGAGCUUAUGAUGUGUCGAGCCUGGAGUCGGCCCAAACAAUCAUCGCAAGUGACGGCGAAAAUGAAGACCAGGUCCAUAUCCCUGCGGGAACCUGCAACAUGAUGGGUGAUAUAUUGAUUGGAUGGCCGUCAGGGACUACGAUCAACGGGACAAUGACCAACAACACGCUCACACUGUCCAUCUCAGGAACGACGAUCGCUGGAUUCGGUGACUUGUACGGAUCUAAUAAUAACCAGGUGAACGUGACAUUCAGUAUCACCUUUAUCGGCACGUAUGACUCGGCCAACUCAUCGCAGGUUCUUCAUAUUGGAGCAAGCAAUCAGUCGCUAGUGAGCUUCGAGAAGGCAUCUGGAGGUUCGGCAGCCUGGGUAUCUCCACGAUGGCUGGUAGCAGUGUCAUUAGUGGUAGCCACCGUAAUUGCAUAUAUUUAG